AUGGGGAAACAAGAAAAGAAAGAAACAAAAGGCAAGAGAAGAAGAAGAGAAAGAAGACAGUGGAAAUCAACUUCGCCUUUUCCUGUCGAUCUUACCUCAGAGAUACUCUCAAGGCUGCCUGGGAAAUCUAUUGCUAGGUUUCGUUGCGUCUCCAAGCUUUGGUCAUCAAUCAUCACCGAUCCAUAUUUCAUCAACUUGUUCGAAACUAGGUCAUCAACAAAGCCUAGUCUUCUACUCUGCGUCAGAAGAGAUGACAAUUUGUUUGUUUCCUCGAUAACACAAGAUAAGGCUUACUCAUCUUCUCUGCCUAUUAUUGAUCGUUAUCAUAUGAAACUCCCGGAUAAACAUUGUUACUUACCUCCUGCGGAAUCUGUCCACGGCUUGAUCUGCUUGCGUGGACCAACGCCAAUAGUUUGGAACCCUAGCUUGGGAAGGUUGUUAACUUUACCCGAUCCCAAUAAGCAUCAUAAGCUCUGGAAAAAAAUAACAGUCUUUCUAGGAUACGACCCCAUCCAAGGUAAACACAAAGUUGUGUGCAUUCGCUAUAAAAAGGAUUCCUACGUAUGCCGAGUUUUAACAUUGGGAUCAGCUCAAGAACCAUCAUGGAGAACGGUCAAGAUAAAUCAUAAGCAUCGUGCUUACGGUUAUACUUGUGGACGAUGCAUCAACGAGUUCAUAUAUUAUCUAGCCGAUGAUGGUGAGACGGUUUUAAUGAGCUUUGAUGUUAGAUCUGAAAAGUUCCAUAUGAUAAAACUACCAUCGGAUAUUGAUGAAGAUGUGCUGAUAAAUUAUGAGGGAAAGAUAGCUUGUACUGAUAGAGACAAUGAUAAAAGAUUGUGGAUUUUGGAGGAUGCAGAGAAACACAAGUGGUCGAGUCAAGACUUUCUUGUACCUUUAUGUCACUGGGAUCCGAGUUUGGAAACUGAUUUCAAACUAAAAGGUUUCACGCAUGCUGGUGAGUUCAUUUUUGAAGAAGACACGUUUCAAAAAACGUCAUAUAUUUUAUCUUGUGAUCCGGUGAGAAACAGCUUUAGAAGGUUUGUGUCUAAAGGAGUUCGAGUUGGAGACGAUGAUUAUGAGAUCCGUGCUUUCCCGAAUCAUGUUGAGAGUCUUAUGUCUUUGUAA